AAGCAAGUGCGUUGCGGGUUGCCAACUUUCAUUCUUUUCCAUAUCCAAAAUGUCUAAGAGAGGACGUGGUGGUUCCGCGGGAGCCAAAUUCAGGAUUUCCCUGGGUUUGCCCGUUGGUGCAGUUAUCAACUGUGCAGAUAACACCGGAGCAAAAAACUUGUAUGUAAUCGCAGUGCAAGGAAUUGGUGGACGAUUGAACCGACUCCCGGCGGCCGGUUCUGGUGACAUGAUCGUCGCUACCGUGAAAAAGGGGAAGCCAGAGCUUCGUAAGAAGGUAAUGCCUGCAGUGGUGAUCAGGCAACGGAAACCGUUCAGGAGGAAGGACGGAGUCUUCAUAUAUUUUGAAGACAAUGCCGGGGUCAUUGUAAACAAUAAAGGAGAAAUGAAGGGAUCAGCUAUCACAGGACCUGUUGCUAAAGAAUGUGCAGAUUUGUGGCCGAGGAUUGCUUCAAAUGCAAGCAGCAUUGCUUGAUUUGUAUAAGUUUCCUUUAUUUAAUAAAAUGUAAAAGAAGAAUAAAUGUGUUCUUUGCCAAA